AUGAUGUCCGAACUCUCCUUGGACACCUCGGCGCUCGACGCUACACCCCCUGCGGAAUCUCGUCGAAUCUUGAUCCCCGCCAUCGCCCACGCUGACUUGUCUAGCCCCACUUGUGCAAGUGCAGGAUUUCAUAAGCUCAAGUUGGAGAAUGUUGGCCUGUCGGGGGAAUUAGCACUUACAGUGGAGGAGAUUAAGAGGUUGAACCAUGAAAAUCAGUCGUUGCGGAUGCAACUCUCUUCUUCCACUUGCUCCAGUUGUAGAGCUUCCGUGGUGGCAGGAGAAGGGGAGCAGAAAUUCAGUGCAGAGGUUAAGAGUGCUAGAAGACUGCUGCACAGAUUAGCGACUUUGAUCGCCGCACAAGAUCCGCUCACAACUCCAUCCGAAGAGGCCGAGGUCGGCGAGGAAUGGAAAUCCUUCAACCUCGAUCAAAGCCUCUACCCUGAUGCAGAACGGUCUUUUAUUAGCCCCACCACCCUAGUGCUCUCAACACCGAACAAAACCCAGGUGGCAAGAAGUAUCAACUCGGAUCUAUUGGACGACGUCGAAUCGGUUCGUAGUGCUUGGGAGGAGUCGGCUCGAAAACACUCUUUCGUUGCCACCGAACAGAAGAUAGCUCUUGAAAAUCUUACUACCAUCAACCAACACCUCGCUUCGCAACUCAGCAAAAAACACAGCGAAUGGCAGGCAAAGCUACAAGCCAAAGAAAAACAAUUCAGCACAGUCCAAGAGAAGUUAGACCAAACCCAACUCGAACAACGCCUACCACAGCAAGCCGCAGCGACAAAAUCACAAGCUAGAAUCGAAGGCCUUGAACUUGAGAUUCAAGAAAUGCAAGCUCAAUCCAUGCCCAACGAACAUGUUCUGCAGCUUCAAGCACAACUGACAGAAGCCAACAAACAAAUCGAAUCGCUUCAAGCCACACCCGUGCCACUGCCGACUUGGACGAUGGAGGAUGCUGAGAUGAAAGCUCUCCGAUUGCAAGUCACACAGUCAGCAGAGCGUGUUGGUGAGUUGCAAGCACAACUAGACUCGACACGUUCCCAACUGUCCUCUGCCAGAAGACAAGUCGAGGAGUCAGGUGCACGAGUCGCAACCCUCGAGCUUAGACUGGAGCAGCGUAAUGCCAAGGCCGCUGAUCUUCAGAGCAUCUUUGCAGAGUUGCAAGCCAAGAAAGAUCGUCUGCAUUCGAUCCAGAUGCAUACCUCUCAGAUUUCGGCACUGGAACGGGUGGUUGUGCAGCAAGAGAGGAUUGUUGAUUUGGUGAACAGGUCGACGCAAUUAGCUGAGGUGCGGGUGGAGUGCAAGGUGUAUGCGCAGGAAUUGCGUGCUUCUUUGGCCAUGUUGAAGGGUGGGAUGGUGGUGGAGAAGGAGGUGCAGAGGCUUGACGCUAGCACUUCUACCGAUGCCAUCAUGCUCGACGAAUUAGAAAAGGAAGAAGAGCAUGAGGAAAAGGAGGCCCUGAUCAAGAAGCUGGAGCAAUCGGAAGCAAGAGUGCUAAGAAGAAACGAACAAAUCGGCUCGCUUCAACGUCAACUCAAGAAUGUCGAGAUGGAUCUGGCUAGGACUAGGACAAAUCGGGUGGUGGCUGAAGAGAUGGUGGCGGAUUUGGGCGCUGAAAGGUCGGAGCAUCUUUCUCUGAUUAAAGAGCUGGAGGGUCAGAUCGCUUCGUCGCAGUCUUCUGCUCCUGCUCACACUCAAGUGCAGGAGACGCAAACGACGGAGCAAGGAGAGAGGGUGGCGGAGCUGCAAUCUGCGCUCACUGCCGCUGAAUCCCGUAUUGCCGAUCUCACCUCGGUACUCGAAACUCUUCAAGCGAGCCACACGGCCCUGCAAUCCCAAAAGUGCCAACUGGAGGACCAAAUCUCCACCCUCACCUCUCAAGUGCAAAAGCUGCGAUCCACGCUCUCCACCACAACCACCCAAGCAGCCGAAGCUGAGUCAGAACUCGCCAUGCUCAGCACAAACUUUCGCAAAGCCCAAGAAAGACUCUCCUCCACCACUUCACAGCUCGACUGUGUUCAACUUGCACUUGCCGAACAACGCGAAUCGUCUUCAUUGGACUCGGAUCGAAUCGAGUGUCUCGAGACGCAGCUUUCUGCUCUUGAAUCUGAGCACGACGCUCUCCUCGUCUCCUCAGCGGCGGACAAGGCAAGUUGCUCAGAGCUUCACUUGCAGAUCAGGGCAAUACAAACCGAGCUUCGCACCUCUACCGCAAAGCUAGCUGAACUGCAAGCCGAACAGCAAAGCAAGGCAGCAGUAGAAGCAGAGCUGGUAGAGCUCAGAUCUAAACACGCUGAGCUAGAGAAAGUAUCAGCCGAACGAGAUGCUGCCAUUGCUGUUCGCAACACCGAAUACUGGAAUCUCAAAGAAGAGCUUGCUGAACUGCAGGAACAAGCCGAACGUUCUCUUGCUUCUCCUCUUAUCACACCGCAGGCUCUUGCCGAGUUACAGUCUCGAUUGACAUGGCAGGAGAAUGCUCUGCUGAAGUUCAAGUCGGAUCUUUCUGCUGCUCGAAGUACUGAAGAGUUUUUGAAUGAGCAGUACAGCGCCGCUCAGAGGAGAGUUAGGGAUCUUGAAGAUUCUCUUGCUACCCAGAGUCCCCUUGAGGACACAGAAGCAAAGGAAAAGCUGAAAGCAAUGGAAGAGGAGAUCAAAUAUCUGCAAGAAAGAGUUGGCCAGUUGGAGCAAGAGCUGGGUCGGAAAGCGGAAGAAGUAGAAGAGGCUGAUAGUAAGAUUCUAGAUGCGUUGAAAGAGAGUAAGAAGUUUGCCACUCGAUAUAGCAAGUUAAGUGGCAAAUACGAGGUACUCCAGAAGGAGAAGAAGCAAGAAGAGCUCAAGAGGGUUGAGGUUGAGGAACAGCUUGCUAGGGUAAAGUUGCAGGCCAAGUCUCAGGUCCAUGGAGUCGAGGUGGUUCGUAGCAAUUCCCGAUCAACCCUAGCUGGUAGAAAGCGAGCCAAACCAGACUCAGAAGAACAAGAUGAGGCGAGAGAAGCACAAGAAGCUGCUAUUACCCCCUCGAGCACUGCUACAGGUGGUGUGCCAGUCAAGGCUAUAUUUGCUCCCUCGCCCAACGCCGCCAACUCAGGAAGAACACCGAGUUCGUUCACCCCAAUCCGAAGAACAGCGCUCUCCAAGUCAGCUUCUCGUUCGACUACUAAACAUACCCCGAUCGUAAUUGCCACUGGCCUCGGUCUCGGAACACCUUGCACUACCAACAUCAACACGAGCGCAACGCAGCAAGAGGGUGGGAUGGUUAGGAGUACUUCAAAUCCAUCCGAACUCAUUGCAGCCCGUUUACUCCAUUCACCUGGAAAACGUUUGUUGAGUGAUAAAACCAACACGGCCAAGAAUGGCGGUUCGGGAACAAGCAGGUUGAGUUCAAAACCGGCGACCCUUGGAGGCCAAGUGUUGGUCAAGCCGGUAACUACACUCCUACCGAGUGAGGGGGAAAGGGAGAGGAGAAAGGAGAAAGAAGCAGGGGAGAGAAAGAAGAUCUCCAUGCCAGUACUUGCGAGUGCUGGAGCAGGAGCAGGAGCAGGAGCAGGAGCAGGAGCAGGGGGAGGAGCAGGAGCAGGGGGAGGAGCAGGGGGAGGAGCAGGAGCAGCGGAUUUCUUAGCAAAGAUGAAAGCUCAACGUGCUGCUCGUACCUGA